CUUCAUGUUUCUUUUGCGUAGUUUCCGCAGUUUCUUUCCUCAAAGUGUUCCGUUCCGCACUGCUGCUUCGUAGUAUAGUACACUCUGGUAAUAUCGAACCUCUGUGAAGCAAAACGGGAACAUUUGUUGGAAGCCGAUUCCAAGCGUUAGAUUAGGUUAAGGCGGUUGCACUUGCUGCGCCGUCACAGACACACACACAUUUUCAGCGAGCCUAUUCCACACUGCACCCAUACACCCGCGACCAUGGCGACUACCGAGGUCGCCGAGCAGCCGCAGCCCGAGGAUGGUUCGGCGCGCGGUGUCAAAUUCAAGUUCACUGAGGGAGAAAAAGUCCUGUGCUACGAGCCCGACUCGUCGAAAGCCAAAGUUCUCUACGAGUCUAAGGUACUGGAGCUCGUGGCUGGCAAAGACGCUCGAGGGCGCAAGAUGCCUGAAUACCUCAUCCAUUUUAGCGGUUGGAGCAGCAGCUGGGACCGCUGCGUUGCGGAAGAGUUUAUAUUGCCCAACACCCUGGAAAAUAGGAAGCUCAUGAAAAAACUAGCGGAGGAAGCAGCUGAAAAACUGUAUCAGACAGGUAAAUCAAAGAAAGGCAAGGUUCCUGCCAUACUGAAAGAACCUUUGGACAGAAAACUACGUGGCAGGAACAGGAAGGAGCGCAGUGGAAGUGGUUUCAGUAGUGGUGAAGAGUUGUCGGCACAAUCUGACUCUCCCGAGCAGCAAAGUGAGGAAUCUGAAGAGAAGGACAGUGAGGAGGAGCCAGAGGAACUCGCUACUGAGUACAACAUUGAUAUUCCCAAGGUACUGCGAAAGACACUGCUCGACGAUUGCUACAGCAUCACUGUCCAAAAAAAGCUUGUUCAUCUGCCAUGCACUCCAGAUGUGGUUGACAUGCUGGAGGCCUACCUGAAACACUAUGCUGCCAAGCUAGUCAUGAUGGCAGCCAAAAACGCCAAAAACAACAAUUUGCGUGCGACGCACCUCGAUCCAUCGGAAUAUGAAUUUAGGUUUUCUUUGUGUAAGGAAGCUAUGGAUGGACUGAGAACAAUAUUCUCGUACACUUUGGCCAACUCAUUACUGUACAAUGAGGAGAGAGCUCAGCACAAGUUGGUGACAUCCUUCUGCCGCCCUAUCCGGAUCUCUCGGUCAACAACAGGCCGCCAAUCGAAUGAAAAAGCAAUGAAUGACUCAAGUCUUCUGAACAUGGCUCCAGAUGUUGCGACAACUGUCAAAUGUCGUUCUCGCAAAAGCCUCCAUGGUACUCCCGAUUCCAAGGGCACCUCUUCUCCAAGGCGAAAGCGUUCUGCGAGUCCACCAGAAAAGCGAACCUCGCGCUCUGUAGAACCACCUUCAGCACUGAACUCCCCUGCGAAGUCUACGCAUGACGAUAGCGAUACUGACAACCUGCCCUUGGCUGUGAUGAUAACGGGUAAAUCACCAAGGCGGCGUACUGCAAGCGUGUGUUCUGUGUCGUCAUCUGUGUCAGCAGCCACAUCUGAAGCUGCACCAAGUACAGUUGCCAACAAAUAUGACUGCACGAUACUCCCGAGCGAAUGCUUAGAAGAAAACCCAGCUUCUCCUGCUCUGCUGUAUGGUGUACAACACCUCCUUCGGCUGUUUGUUAAGCUUCCCGAGUUGCUGCAGAAAAUGGCAAUCACGAAGACAAAAGCCGACUACCUUGAAAGAUUUCUGAACGGCUUCUUGCAAUACCUUGCAGGCCGACAUGAAGAGCUUUUUAGAUCAUCUGCUUAUCGGGAUGCCGAGGAAAUUAUGGCCGAACUUGAAAAGUACAAAACUAGCGAUGAUUAACCUUCGUCCUGUGUUGUACAUGUAUAUACAAACAGUUUCACUUGGUUUUGGAUGCUCUUGUAUACAACUUAAUUUUGUGUCGGUGUUGCUGUGAAUAAAAUGUUUGUUUGA